AUGGCCACAUCUCCUCUCAACCAAAAAUCCCAUUACCAUGCUCGCUCCAAUAGCUUGCCAUCCAGACCACACCCUCUCAUUCUACAAUGCAAUGAGCAUUUAUGCAGAUUGGAGGCUUCUGGCGCACCCUCUUCUUCAUCAUCAUCAUUAAGCUGCAAACUAAUUGGCCUUCAGGAUUUGCAUGAUUCUGUUGAAAAGUUGCUUCAGUUGCCCCAAAUGCAACAUGCCUUUGUCCAAAGGUGUCAUGAAAGAUGGGUAGAAGAGCUUUUGGAUGGAUCUCUCAGGCUCUUGGACAUGUGUAGCGCAGCCAAGGAUGCCUUGAUGCAUACAAAAGAAUGCGCACGCGAACUGCAAUCAAUUAUGCGCAGAAGAUCAGGAGGUGACAUGGGGCUUGAAAGGGAGGUUAGGAAAUUCUUGACCUCUAGGAAGGUUGUCAAAAAGGCAAUGCAGAAGGCCCUAAAGGGCAUGGAAGGCAAACAUGCUGACAAAAACCAUGAGAGUCUGCCCAUGGUUAGCACACUGAGAGAAAUAGAAACAGUCACUCUCACUGUGUUUGAAUCCUUGUUGUCCUAUAUUGCCGGGCCAAAGUUGCAAUCAAAACUAAGCAGCUGGUCCUUGGUUUCUAAGUUGGUGCUCCCCAAAAGAGUAGCAGCAUGUGAAAAUGAAGAAACAGAUACAUCUGAAUUUGAGAAGGUGGAUGCUGCAUUACACUCCCUUAUUAGUCACAACACAAGUAAAUCAGAUUACAUCACGCACGUUGAGAAUGUGCAUAACUUGCUGGGGAAAUUGGAGCCAAUUUUUCAAGAUCUUGAAGAGGGACUUGAGUGCCUGUUUAGGCGCCUAAUCAAAACCAGAGUUUCUCUUCUCAACAUCUUGAACCACUAG